AUGGCUGCAUCGGCUGCAGCGCCACCGGAUGUGGUGAAGAGCCGUGGUCGUGGUCGUGGCCGCCGCCGCCGUCGCCAGGACAAGCCGGCCAUCGCAGCGCGUCUGGUGCUGGAUGACCACGCAAACCGGGGUGGUGGCGGGUACUCGUCGCUCUCGCGGGCGCUGACGUCAACCGCCACCGCUGCCGCAGCAGCAGCCAAUAGUUCGAGCUCGUCUCCGACGUCUCCCCAGGUAUAUCACGUGGCCAUUGCGCCUUGGGCACCUCAAGCAUCGGCCGAGACGACGGACUGGACCGUGGUGCCAGUGGCCAAGUCGUCGGCGCUGGCCCACUCGACCGUGCAGUUCUCACCGGCGUCGCUGGCGCUGCAGAGCUUUGCGGCCAGCCUGCAGCAGGUGGCUCCGUCCAAGCUGACGGCUCACAGCCGGCGAGGCAUCGAGAUCCUGGUGCUCGACGUGGCAGCCGUGCCGCUCGACACGGUCUUUGUCAACCUCGAGGGUGACCUGGCGAAGCGGCUGGAGGACGGCGAGGGCACCUUCUUUCGCGAGCACCCGGCCGCACCUGGCAUCCACGCUGCCAGGGCCAAGAAUGGCAGCGGAGCCGCGCCGUCGGCAGAGGACCGUCUGACCGCGGCCGUGCGCGUCGCUCUCAGCAGCCUGCAGGUCGUGCAUGGUGGCGACCUCUUCCCACUGCCGCUGCCGCCACACCCCAUCACGCACGUGCCGCCAAACCCGGGCAAGGUGACGUUCUGCGAGCCCGUGGCCCAGGGCGUGCUGUCGCCGCGCACCAAGCUUGUCCCCUCCCGUCGCCGGCUGCCGUCCAAGAACGGCCGCAAUCGGGGUGACCUGGGCCCGACCACGAGCCGGAAGUUGAACGGCGUCAUCACCGAGGACGACGGCGAUGAGACGGCCAACGACCAGUUCUUCUCGGCCGCUGAGGAGCGGACGCGCACAGAGACAGAAACCGACGCGCCGGCCGACGACACCGAGGCGGACUCGCUCAGUGAGUCGGAACUGGACAUGUCACCGGGCGAGCACGAUGAGGACGAGCUCUCGGACGACUUAAUGGAGGACAUGAUCUCGCUGCAGGCACCGACGCUGCCACCGACCAUGGCCAGUGGCGUGUCCACGCUGCAGCCGGGAUCGCCCACGACAAUUGGCCGUAGCCGGCGGACGAAUGGGAUCUCCACACCGGGAUCAGUAUUCUCAAGCUUCACGGCGACGACGGCACGCCCGGACCGGCCCCGGGGUCGGCUCUUUAAGGCACAGGGGCUGAUGGCGGCCAUCCCCACCGAGCCGUUGCACCCAACGCCUGCGAGCGAGGAUGACGAGGAGGCACGCGUAUAUGUGGACGAGGCGGGGGAGCCGCCGCUCAAGGGGUUCGGACGAUUCGCGCUGGGCAGCUUUGGAGGGCCGCGGGCGGGCAAUGACGGCGGCAACUACGACGAUGAGGACGAGGACGAGCCAGACUGGCGGCCGGUGCGGGUGUUUGGGCUGCCAGAGGGCUAUGCGCCGCGACCAGUGUCGCGGAUCCCCAGCUCGAAGCACGAAGGUGGACGGCGGCUGUCGUUCUUCGAAUCGCAGAUCCAGCGGUCAUCGAGCCCGAUCGCAUAUGCGUCGCCGAUUCUGCUGGCCAACAUGCACAGCACGCCGUACGUGCGGCUGUCACCACUCAAGGGGGCACAGCCGCUGCGGCACGGCCGGGCGACGACAACGGCCAAGCAGGCCGCAGCAGCUCAGCCGCCUUUUUCGCAAAAAGUGGUGAUUCAGCAGGUGCGGACGCCGGUGCCGAUCCAAAAGUCGGUGCAGGCAGCAGUGGUGGCCGGGCUCAAGGGGCACUUUGAGAAGAAGCUACGGGUGGUCAAGACGGGAGACUACAUUGCCAUCCCGAUCGACGCACAGCUGGGCCGCACGAUGAAUGACAUGCUCGCGUCGACGGAGGCGGCCGCGGUCGGUGACAUUCUCUCCCUGACGGGUGCAGGAGCCGGCGGCAAGUCGCGUCUCAAGGCCGACGAGGUGGCGUGGUUCAAAGUUAGUCACGUGCAGCCACAGUCGGGACAGACGACGACGACGACAGCGGACGAGGGAAACAUCUGGGGCUCGACGGUGGCGUGCGUAGAUAUUGCGACAGCUCACCUGGAACAGUCGGGUACGACGGCAAGCCGGGUGCCAGGAACAAGAGACAACAACUGGCCGUACUACCUGGGGCUACGGGCAUCUAUGGGCGGAGCGAAUGGGGCAGCAGCGGUAGUGGAGCCGAUACGCGGACGUGUGUCGCCGUUGCGACGGCAACUGGGGGAGUUGAUGGCGGCGGCGACGAGCCGACGGGCACAGCGACUUCAGAUGCCGGCGGUGGCUAUCCUGCUGGUGUCGACGCAGCGGCAGAUCGGCAAGGCGACGGCGGUGCGGGAGGCAUGUGCAGACAUGGGCUUGCACGCAUACACGGUGGACGGUUACGACAUGCUGCACGAGGCGGGAGCAGGGGCCGGCGGCAGCGACGCGAAGACGGAAGGCGUGCUGAAGGCGCGGGCAGGCCUGGCGAUGAGCUGCGGACCGGACUGCUGCGCACUGGUGAUCCGACACAUGGAAGCGCUGACGGCGGAUCGGAUGGUGUCGUCCAUGCGGGAGGUUCUGGAGUCGGCACGAGUAGUGGUGGCGACGACGACAGAACCGGACAAGAUCCCAGAUGGAGUCCGCAGCCUGUUUACGCACGAAAUGGAGAUGCGGGCACCGGACGAGACGGAGCGCGAGGCGAUCCUGCGGGGCAUCGUGCAGGAGCGGGCGAUCAUGCUGGACCCAGAAGUGGACCUCAGCAGCGUGGCGCUGAAGACGGCAGCGUUGGUGGCCGGCGACCUGGUGGAUGUGGUGGAGCGAGCGCUGGUCUGUCGUCGAGCACGUCUGGAGGGGGUCGUGGGGACGGCCGAGGGGAUGGCCGAAGGGGAGACGACGUCUGCUACAGCCCUCUCUUUCGGGACGUCCUCGUGGCAGGCGGUGCGGCUACUCCCCAACGUGGCGUGGGACGACGUCGGUGGGCUGGACAAUGUCAAGGACGUGGUGACGGAGACGAUCCAGCUGCCGCUGGAGCGGCCAGAGCUGUUUGCACGCGGGAUGAAGAAGCGGUCGGGCAUCCUGUUCUACGGACCACCGGGCACAGGCAAGACGCUGCUGGCCAAGGCGAUCGCGACCGAGUACAGCCUCAACUUUUUCAGCUCGGAGGCGAAUGUGCGGCGGGUGUUUCAGCGGGCACGCGACGCGCGGCCGUGUGUGGUCUUCUUUGACGAGCUCGACUCGGUGGCACCCAAGCGCGGCAACCAGGGCGACAGUGGUGGCGUGAUGGACCGGAUCGUGUCGCAGCUGCUGGCGGAGCUGGACGGGAUGGCUUUGUUGCGGCCGGGACGCUUCGACACGAUGCUGUAUCUGGGGGUGUCGGACACGCACGAGAAGCAGCUGCGGAUUCUGGAGGCGCUGACGAGAAAAUUCACCCUCGACCCAACGGUCUCGCUUCGUGCCGUGGCCCAGACGCUGCCCUUUACCUACACGGGCGCCGACUUUUAUGCGCUCUGCAGCGAUGCGAUGCUCAAGGCGGUCACGCGCUCGGCCACGCAGGUCGACGCCAAGAUUGCGGCGCUGAGCCAAAAGCGCGCGAUGCCCAUGUCGACGGCAUACUACUUUGACCACUACGCCACGGCCGAGGACGUGGCCGUGGUGGUGACGGAACAGGACUUUGCCGAGGCCAACCAGGAGCUGGUGCCGAGCAUCAGCGCCGGCGAGCUGGCUCAUUACGAGCGUGUCCGAGCCACCUUUGAGGGAACACGGAAGAAGGAGCCUGGCGACGCGGCAGUGCCUCUGCAGCCAGCACCACAGACAUCGCAGACACCACAGGGGCGCAGGCCACGAUCCGCCCGGGGCAAGGGCAAGGGCAAGGCGGUAGCGAUGGAGGGAGACGAGGAGGACGAGGCGGAUGAUGGCACAGAGGGAAUGACUGAUGGAGCCGGCAGUGGAAUCGACAAUGGCUGGACGAAUGGCCGGACAGCCAAGGGCAAGGGCAAAGCCGUGGCCUCGUUCCAGGAACAGCACGCGAGCGACGACGAGGAGUUAACAAACGUCAACUGGCAAAACCUAGUCAAUUAG